AUGGCGAUGUUGCGUGGUCCUAACAUGUCCCUUACCGAGACUAAGCUGAGUCCGAGAUUUAUUGGUCCUUUCAGGAUUUUGGAGCGGGUUGAACCGGUGGCUUAUCGGUUGGAGUUACCUGAGGUGAUGCAUGCAUUUCAUAAGGUGUUCCACGUGUCGAUGCUGAGGAAGUGUCUUCACAAGGAUAAUGAGGUGUUGGCUACGAUCCCGGCAGAUCUUCAGCCUAGCAUGACCUUAGAGGCGAGGCCAGUGAGGGUUCUCGAGAGGCGGAUUCUUUGCCAACGGCUGAAGAGGUUUCUCCCGAGGAUUGUAGCUGCUACACAAGGUGCUUUUGUGUCCGGAAGGCUUAUUUCAGAUAACAUUUUGCUGGCUCAUGAAAUAGUUCAUGCUCUAAACUUAAAUGCUGAUUGUGAUGAAGAGUUCAUAGCCGUCAAAACGGAUAUGUCUAAAGCGUAUGAUCGGAUGGAAUGGAGUUUUCUUGAAGAACUUUUAAUCCGCCUAGGUUUUGACAUAAAAUGGGUGCAAUGGAUAAUGGUUUGUGUGCGGUCUGUGUCGUUAUCGGUCUUGCUCAAUGGAAUAGAUUAUGGCUUCAUUAAACCAGAACGUGGAAUACGUCAAGGAGAUCCACUAUCGCCUUUUCUAUUCAUUCUUUGUGCGGAAGCUUUAGUACAUGUGAUGAAUAGAGCGGAGCAAGAAGGAAGGCUCACGGGUAUGCGUCUCACACCGGACUGCCCGUCUAUUCAACACCUCCUCUUUGCCGAUGAUAGUCUCUUCUUAUGUCAUGCAAAUCUAAAGGAAUGCGGUGAAUUUUUGCAUUGUCUAGACAUGGAUCCUUACAUGAGACGGAUAAUAAGUUCGUUUACUGGGAUAGAACAAGUUGGAGGUGCUGGGAAGUAUCUUGGGUUACCUGAAUGUUUUAGCGGGUCAAAGAGAGAGUUGUUAGCUUUUCUUAAUGACCGGUUAUACUCAAGAUUGAAAGGCUGGCAUGAUAAGACGCUUUCUUUGGGAGGGAAGGCAGUUCUAUUAAAGUAUGUCGCCAUCAAUGCCGAAGAUAAACAGAAGAUGCACUGGGUAGCUUGGGACAAAGUUUGUAAGCUAAAGUCACAAGGAGGGCUGGGAUUCCGGGACAUUGGUCACUUUAAUCAAGCCCUACUCGCUAAGCAAGCUUGGCGGAUGUUAGACUCAACUGACUCGCUUUUAGCUAGAGUGCAUAAGUCAAGUUAUUUCCCUCGAACAGGUUUGAUGGAAGCUGUUGUAGGUUCUCGACCAUCUUGGCGCAGUAUCAUGUUUGGUCGUGAACUUCUUGAAAAAGGACUGAUGAAGACGAUUGGUAAUGGCUGUUCUACAAGGGUUUGGCUAGAUAAAUGGGGUUUUGAUGAGCAACCAAGACGCCCAUUGAAUAAGAAUCGAUUAUAUGAGCUGAAUCUACUCGUCUCCACCUUUAUAAGACCACAAGGGGAUUGGAAUGUUGAGCUUUUGAAUGAAUAUUUCCCACCAUGUGAUGUGGCUAGAAUAAGAUUAUUUCCCCCAGAGGUUAACUUGUCAGACAAGAUGGUGUGGGCAUAUACUAAUGACGGUCGAUACUCAGUUAAAAGUGGUUAUUGGCUGCCUAACAACGAAGUAGAUAACUCUGCAGUGAUCUCUGAACAUUUAAAGAGGGUGAAUGAAGUAAAGGAGAAGGUCUGGAAGGUGAAGACUAUACCGAAAAUUCAUAUGUUUCUUUGGAGAGUGCUUUCGGGAGCUAUUGCUGUGGCCUCUUGUAUGCGACGACAUGGCUUAAAUGUUAAUCCUCUAUGUUCGUUAUGUCAUCUUGAGGAAGAAACAAUCUCCCAUGUGUUAUUUCGGUGCUCCUUAGCUUCACAAGUUUGGAGUACAUCCGGUCUCCUUCUACCAAGUCACGGUUUUAUGGCUUCCACCGAGGAGAACAUUGAUUACAUGUUGAAUCUUGUUUACCGAGCAGAUUUGGCUCCUCAAACUCGGAAUGCCAUUCCCUGGAUCCUUUGGGAGAUCUAG